CUGGUUACACAAGUUUAAUGUCACUCUUUUUAGACGAUGUCAUUUAUAAAAAAAUAAGAUGACGCAGUUCGCAGGCGAUUUAGAAAAACUCACCAAAGAAUUAGAACCUCUAAAGUCAUACGAUACUUUACUAAGCAAAUAUGACAUACCGCUGAAUCAUCUGGAUUUCGACUACAUAAAGAAAUGCACUGAUGGUAAGGAGCUAGAGAAGAUUUACAAAAUAUUAAAAUCGGGAGAGGAGGGUUACUAUCCAGAUCUCACCAAUACAGCGGAGGAUAGAUUGGCUGAAGUGUACCCCAAAUCCAAGCUAUUAAGAAAGAAAGUGCAAGUACAAAACCAGGUUGACCUCGACGAUAACGAGAAGUUAUCAAUAACUACGGAUUUAACAGUCUGGUUAGAUAGUAUAACGAAAAACAAUAAAGAAUUGGAAAACAGGAAAUCAAGCCGUAUAGAAGCCACAACUGAAAUACGCAAAACUAAAGAUGCAGAACCUCAAGAUAAUAAGCAAGAAAACCCCAAAAGAAUAUCGUCGACUGAUUACCAAACAUGGGACAAGUUCGACCCGGACACGGAAAUCCUAAAAAUUGAUUUGGAGGAGGAAAAGUUGAAGAAGGAAGCACAAGAAAGGGAGAAGAAGGAGAAAGAAAAAGUCAAGAAGAAGAAAACUGUGAAAUUUAACGAAUACACCACUGAAGCAGAGGCUCAAUUUAUAUCGGAGAGAGAAAAAGAGAAGGGCAACGAAUUUUUCAAAGCCAAAGAUUACGAAGAAGCUCUAAUGUGUUACAAUAACAGCAUACAAUGCAGGAAAACCGCUAUUAACCUAAAUAAUCGCGCAAUAACACACAUAAAACUAGAAAAAUUUGAGAAAGCCGUCGAUGAUUGUGAUGAAGUUCUCAUUUUGGAUCCCAAAAACGAAAAAGCCUUGCUCAGAAAAACUGAAGCUUUAAGAGCUCUAAAAAAAUACGAGGAAGCUUACGAAUCGGUGAAUAAUUGUAUUGAAAUUAACCCGAAUAAUCAGGAUGCCCAAGACAUGGCAAAUAAACUAAGAGGGCUAUGUGUUGUACCUACUUCCAAGCCAACUAGAAUGAAUAUUACUGAAAUAUCGGACGAUGAAUUUGAAGCUUUAAAAGCCAAAAAUUGUAAAGUCGUUGUUUCUGACAAAUAUUCGCGAAAAUGUUCCAAAAAACCCACACGAAUGAUUGUACACGAUGCUGUAGAUGACGAGGACGAUGAUUAGAUAUUAAAAAUACAUUUUGGCGUGUUGAUAUGACUCCAAACACAAAUUUUAAAUAGACACUAACAAUUAAGAUAGAUAAGAUAAAUAAACUUUAUGGAAAAUAAACCGAAUAAAUCCA